GGAAAUAAAAAACAUUAUAUAUAAAUUUAUAAAAUUUCAUUGUAUAAUUAUUUACCAAUUUAAUAUUUUCAUAUCACUUUUCUAAUUAUCAUAAGUAGUGUUUAUUAGGAUUGUACGUAUUUCUUAUUUUAGAUGUACACUAAGCGCAUGUUAAUGUUUCAAUCAUAACCUCAUAGUUUGACGAUUUCGUUGGUAUCAGUUCUUGGUACAAAUUUUUAAAGGAACAGUUUAAUCAAAGCAUUCUAUAAUAAUGAAUGAAGUUAAUACAGAUAAUGAACCUGGUACGUCCACAAAUAAAAUUAUGAAUAUUUCCAAGAUUAAAAAGCAACCAAAAAAAGGAAUUAUUUACUUGUCUACCAUUCCACCCUUCAUGAAUGUUACCCAAAUCACUGAAUUUUUCAGUGAUUUUGGUAAAGUUGGAAGAGUAUACUUACAACUAGCUGAUACAGAACCUAAGCCUGGAGAAAAGACAAAAAAACGAAAAAUUGCUAAAAAGUUUACUGAGGGAUGGGUGGAGUUUCAACGCAAAUCCGUUGCAAAAAAAGUCGCCACAUUAUUAAACAACACACAGAUUAGCAAUCGGAAAAAAUCGAAACAUUAUGAUGUUAUGUGGAAUAUGAAAUACCUAUCCAACUUUAAAUGGACACAUUUGCAUGAAAGAUUGGCAUAUGAAAAAGCUGCAAGAAGACAGAAACUGAGAACAGAAAUUGAAUUAGCUAAAAAGAAGACUAACUUCUUUACUGUUAACCUGGACAAGGGGAAAAAGAAGAAACCAUUUGUUAAUAAGGAACUCCAGAGUGCAAAUACAAAAGCAAAGAAUCCAAGAAGUGAUGAACAGAAGGAAGAUGACACUGAAAAUAGAUCAGAGUUUUUGGAAUCAUUAUUCAACUAAUAAAAAUUAAUAAAAAAUAACUCAACGGA